AUGGCUCUCUUUGAUGUCAUGUUUAGCGAGGGCAUCGUGGAAGGCCAACAUCCACCAGUGCUGGUCCCUCCUUUUCUGCGCUUUCCCCAGCAGGAACUGUGCAAAGUCGCAGAACGCGUGGUCACGGUUGUCAACGGCAAUCCACGAGCUGAUUUGCACCUUUACAGCAUUUCAAGCAACAGCAACGACUUUCAUAGCUCAUGGUUUGAGCACGCGGUGGUGGCACCGGGCGAUAACACCACCUUCACCAUUGCCUUUAUGAGCGAGACAUUGGGGCCCGUGGAGGCUAACAUUACUCUACUCACCUCACAAGGCCCCAUUCUCUAUGAAGUGUUUGGUGACGCCGUGCCCAAUGAGCUACGCCUGCGCCCACUGGUGCACGGACGCAUCCCAACCAAGCUGCGCCUCGCCCAGACCGUCAGCGUCUUCAACCCCCACCCGUUCCCCCUCAUGGUUCAAGAGGUGUUCACCAGUCUCAAGGACAUUCACGUAGAGGUGGCCGCACUCUUCAGCGCCAACAGCGAAAAUGGCGAGACCCCGUUGCGCAAUUGGAUCAUACCGCCUCGCGUUCAUCAGCCUGUUUUUAUUGCAACAGUGACGAGCAACGAACCCACCUUGCUACAGGGCUACAUCAAUGUGCGCACCAAUCACAGUGCCAGCAACGCCAUCAUCCCUGUCACCAUUGAUGUUGUUCAACAAGACGGCCUCUUCUUCGGCCCCGGGGACAUGAUUGACUUUGGAACCCUCACGCGUUCCGACCCACCCCUUCAUCGCCCGGUUACCCUGCUGUACCGUUCCAGCGACGAAAAGGCCAACGCCCAAAUACUUGACCUCCGCGUGGUGGGCUGUGCCCACUCUCACAACGCCACGCGCAUUUGUCCGACUGUCGCCGUGCACCACCGCAAGGACAAGUUCUCCCUUCAACCUUUCACCUGGACGCGCGUAGCCACCCUCACCCUGGGUAGUGGCCGUCUGCAAAAUGCAUGCGGCGUUUAUGAGGGCAUUGUGCAGAUCGAUUAUCGUAUGCCUUUGCAGGCGGGCGUUCACACAAUUCACGUCCCCUUUCGUGCCCAAUUUGAGGAGGGGGCCUUGGACCUGCCUUUUGUUGACACUUGCUUUCACGUUGAAGGUCCACCUUUUGUACGCCAAAGCCGCCGCUUCACGGUUUUAAAUACCCAUCCCCGUGCCAUUGAGCUCGUCAACUUUACUGUCCCGCGAGACAUCAGUGACCUCUUCAAGGCCAACAGCACGGAUCUUGCUCUGACUCAGUUUCUGACCAUUGCCACCAAUGAAUCUGCUCUUCGCGUUCAUGUUCCUCUUUUCACCUACAAUGGCCAACUUGGCUACACUGUGACCGACAAGCGCUAUGACGAUAUCGACUUUGGGAUCUUUGAUGUCGAGGAGCCUCAAACGCUGCAGCUGCGAGUGGUCAACAGCAACUCAGUGCGCGUUCAGCUCUCAGCUUACGCGACCAACGUGCCGGGACUCAAGCUGACGGCGGUUGAGACCUCGCCCUCGGCACACCUUUUGGAUGUGGUCGAGUACGGCAAGCUGUUUGCACGUCACCAAGAUGUGCCCGCGCCACUCACCACGCCGGCCGAUGAUCAGGUUGAUGAGAGCCAGGUGCAGGCCAUUAACAUCACCAUGGAUCCGGGAAUGGUGCUGACCUUCAACGUGACGCUUCUCCAGCCCCAAGAGCGAAAGCUCCACGGCGAAUUGCGCCUUUACUCAACAUACAGCACACUUUACAUUCCUGUUUCUUAUGAAGGUCGCCGCAAACUGUUGAACUUGUCACCAACGACCAUUUUGUUCCCACCCACGUUUCCCGACCAAUACUAUAUGUCCCAUGAGGUUGACGAGGAAGUCUUUCCUUCAUCUUUGCGACAGCUGACCGCCAUGCCAUCGGCUGACAUUGAGCUUAUUCCGGACAAUCGGUCCAUCAGCAUUGAAUCGGUGUCCUCAACUGACUCGCGCAUUCAGUUUGUGCGUAAUCCCAACUUUCCCAAGGAUCUCAGUGGGUUGCAGGGUCAGCGCCUGCGCCUUGGCUCUGUGCAGUUUAACACGUCCUCCUUAGUCAACAGUCGCAACUACAUGCCACGCGUGCGUCGGUCCUUCAGCUGGCCGUCAAAGUCCAUCGAGCUUGACCGCAUUGACUUGGAUGAGCUGACCGCGACGCACUCUGCUUGGCAAGAGCUGCGAGCAGCCAAUCAACACAAAGUUGCAGCUCGCGUGUCGCUCCAUGCCGAGAGCCAACUACCGCACCACAUUGAUGUGUUUGCGGCACUUUACCGCCCCAACCUGCUUGGUAAUCGCACGUUGCAGUUUGCCUUGACUCAGAUUCACCAAACCUCCUUUCUUGAGGCUGUGGUGACGAAUCCCAGCCAACAACCCCUGCUUUUGCAGUUGGCCACGGUCCGCCAUUAUUUACAAACGAGUUUGGGACCACAACUUGAGGCACACCUGGCGCUUUCGCCUUCGGAUGCUCAGCACAUGCGCACCGAUUACGACCCCUUUCCUAUGAUUGACUUCACGAGUGACGUGUUCGCCGAGGCGCAGCGCCGGCUACACCCAGAUACCGCCGCGCGGGACACGGCCAUCAAGGUCUUAGGACCGGAUCGUCUGAUUCUUGCGCCACGUCGCAAUGCCUCGCUUGUUUUCAGCUUCAAGCCCAUUGUCGUGGGGCAUGCCACUGCAGCCGUGAUGCUGCUCAACAAUCUCAGCAUCAUGGAGGCCGUCCGUCUCGACGCUAUCGGAGGCAAGGGGACCUUUGGCUUUCCCCGAACGCAGCCAAACAUUCGAAACGGCAGCCUCGUACUCAGCAUUACGUCAGAUGAUCUGCAGGGCUGUGAGGAUCCAGAUCUCUUCCUCGAUGGCAACGGGUCAGAGGCCAUUUCUUUGCCAGAUGCCGCAAGUGCGGGCGCCAAUGGCUCCCUAGCCUCGCGGCACCGAGUCGGCGAUGCCUUUCGCUUCAACUUUACUGUUGUCAAUCGUGGAGAUAUGCCCGUGCAUGUCACUCGAAUGGGCAUUGACGGAGGGCCCUGUCAAGCCGAAGGUUUUGAGAUUUACAACUGCACGCCCUUUGUGUUGGAACCACAGGCAGAGCACCAACUGGAGAUUGGUUACACACCCGAUUUUACGAGCGCUUUAGUCCGGUCUCGGCUGACCGUGCAGUUGAAGGACAAUGACAGGCCACUUUUUUUCCAGCUUGUCGCUACGCUUCCCCCGCACUUGCUCAAUCCCUGCUUCCAGGCCGUUCCAGCACCUACGUGGGCGCCAUAUCUCAAACCUGCUAUUUUGCUUGUCUCGAUUGCGCUGGGCGUCUUGGUCAUGCUGGUCGAAUGUGGCGGAGAUGGUGCGCUGCCCUUCAAAUCACGCGUGAGAGUGACACGCAGAACCAAGACACGCACAUCGAACAGUGUCAGUGACAAUGUUUCGCAACAGCUGCAACCGCCGUCGCAACACAGACAAUCACAACGGCGGCACCAAGAGCACGCGCAAGGACAUGCGCAAGGUCGCCUUGAUUCCAGUGAUGAUGCUGGCAAUGACAACCAUGCCAAAUCCCGGGAAGAUUUCGAGAGUAGAGCCAACGUGGUUAACUCUGUCUCACCUAGAGGGAACCCUGGAUUCGAUGAUCACACACCCGGCCAUUACCAAGACGGCGGGGAGGAUUCUUUUGCAAAAGAUCACAUGCACGAUCACGACCACGACCACGACCAUGACCACGACCAUGACCAUGACCACGACCACGACCACGACCACGACCACGACCACGACCACGACCACGACCACGACCACGACCAAUCACCUCGCGCACGCCGGAAGAAAAAAUCCAAAAAGGCAACAGCCGGCACUUCUGGCCGUGCCAUUUCUACAGUGCCACUCAUCGAAUCGCACGCUGCUACAGGUGCCAGUCCGGCUGGGCGGGAAAGUGGCCGCCACGCUGCUGAAACCAGCAAUCACUCUCAAGUCAACUCUCAGGCACAUCUCGUGAGCCACUCGACAACUGCGGCACGUGGUGGGCAUGCAGAUGUUUCACAGGAAGAAUCAGCUAGUGCACAGACCUCUGGAACGACCUCAGCAAGUGGUAUAGGCUCUCCACGCGAGAGUGGACAGGCUCCCGAUGCUAAUCCCGAAGGCGACACACGAGCAUCACGCCGAGGCCAAGAUCGCUCCCCCACGGUUUACGCGGACGGGCAGCCACAUGUACACGUGCCAGGCUCUCGCUCUCCGGACAAACCAGCAGAGGUUCGCCGGCGGGGUCCAGCCGCCAGUUUGAAGGAACCCGGAGCAAUGCCUGCUGUGGCUGACAAGGAUGCGAUCAUUGCUCAAGCGUUGCUUGCUGCGCAAGCAGGCGGUGGUCCAGAGGAGGGCGAUGUUCCGUCUACUCUUCGGGCAGGUCGUCAGACAGCAGGGCGAAACAAGAUGGCCAGUUCCCCUCGUAUGGCCACCAAUUCUACCACGCACGAAGGCCGGGUGGCGGCGCAACGGCUUGGGGUGGGACGAGCUCCAGCAUCCCCCGUCAAAGCAGGGGGCAGGAACGCGGCUCGGCCAGCAACAGCUGCUGCGGCAGUGGCGGCUGGUUUGUCGCCUCGUCAGCUCGCGGCAAGUUCAACCGUGGCCCCAUCGCCCCCAGGCGUGGGCUUGGCGCCAGAAGCCACCUCGCCACAUCGCAAACCGCGCCCGCCUACGAUGACCAUGUCACCAGAUGCCCCGCCCUUCUCGCCUUCAUCGGCCACCUUGCGGCAGCUGGGAGCUUCACGGGGCGCGGGGGGUCGAGAUGCCAUUCCGCGCACACCCGAGCGCCCACCGCUGAUUCCGGAUCCGCUGACUCCCAGUACACCGGGUUUGUUCAAGCUGCCUCCUCUCCCCCACUUUAGCCCCUCCGUUCCUCUGCCGCCAGCAGAGAGCAGCCACGAUCCCAUGACCACAUGGGGCACCGGCGUGGGGCUAGGAGGCUUGCCACCAGCCCCAGAAGAGCCAGUCGCUACAGGUUCUCUCUGGUCGAGUUUGACGGGUAGUGAGCCAGUCUGGAACGAUGGGGACGCUUUGCCAACGGCCCCAGUGGUGGAGACUACCGCAUCGCAGCCUGGAAUGAGUGGCCACGAUCCGUGGGCUUCCAUGCCACCCACCAACCAGGACAAGAAAUCAACCUUUUGGUGGAUGAGCCAGGAAGAACAGAGUGGCCCCAUGUUUGGGAGUCGUGAUGAUUCUUUUUACGAGUCGCACUUGCCGGCCCGUACGGUUUCGGAUCCACCAGCUGGUACCAUGGGUCUCUCGGCGGGUAUUUUGGACCCUAUUGAGGCCAGUCCGUGGUAUGUCAACACUUUCUUGCCUUGCGCUUCUUGA